AAAUAUCAGGUUGACCCAAAAACCACAUACCAAUACAGAUCCGAUCGGGUCGAAUAUAAAUACCAAUCAAUCACUCACCUCUGGUUCCCGUAAGGAACCACACAGGGGAGCGACAAAGCUCCAGAGGAAAGGACCUGCAACCCGAUCUCCGUCGUUCUUCACUGGAUUAAUCAUUUCCGCAUCUGCCAAUGCACACAAUAGCAACAUGAGUACAAAGGUUCAACCAAUAUCAAUGGAGGACACCAUUCAAACUUCCAUAACAACCACUUCAUCUGUAUCAUCAACAGUAAGCCCAAAGGUCUCCUUGUUCUCAAAAAAAUCCGGAUUCGUAAUACCAAAAAACAAGCUAUCAGGCUCCUUAGUACCCAUCUUCCGAGGCAACAAAAAGCCAGGUGGCGCUGAUGUGGCAAAUGAAGAAAGCACAAAACAAGUGCUGAGAAAAACAAAAUGGGGCCCGGAUUUGACACAAGAUUCUUUUGUCAAAAAGGGAAGAGCUUCAGCAUAUCAGACUAGAUUGGAUCAAAUUACACAACAACUUAAUUCAGGAAUCAUGGAGUCAAGUGAUGAUCAUAAUUCAACAAACAACCAAACUCUCGAGAAAUUAGAGUUGUUAGAACUUGAAAGGCGUGAGGUUAUUGGAGAAAUACUUAAACUGAAUCCAAGCUACAAGGCUCCAGCUGAUUAUAAGCCAUUGUUAAAGGAGGCUAAAGUUGUAAUUCCAAUUAAAGAAUAUCCCGAACGCAAUUUUAUUGGGGAAAUAUUUUCGGGUGAUACUUUAAAGCGAAUGGAAAAGGAAACUGGGGCAAAAUUACGGGUUUAUGGUAUGAAAUCAGAUACAAAGAAAGAGAGUGAGAUAACUUCAUAUGAUGAAAAUAAAGCUGAUUAUGAAGAGUUGUCUGUUUUUGUCACUGCUGACUCUUAUGAGAAGGUUGAUGCUGCAGUUUCCAUGAUUGAGAUACUAAUCACACAAGUUUCAGCAAACACUGAACCUGAACCUAAAGAAGUUCAAGUUUCUGAAGAUAACCCAACCAUGGUUAGUCUAACCCAAGAUCCAAAUCCACCUUCCUCUGUAAACCAAACACCACCAUUACCUCAGUUUCCUCAAUACCCUAAUCAAUGGCUUCCAAACUUGUCAGUUUCAACCCCUCAUUUUUCAAAUUUGUCAGUUUCAACCCCUUCAAAUUCUGCCCCCAUACAAUCCCAUCCGCUUCACCGACCACCAAAUAUAGGUUAUCGGGGCCCACCCAGGAACCCUAUGCCACCUGUACAAGGAGCGCCACGUCAGCAUAAUUUUUCAUCCCCAAAUAUGCGGCCAAUGGGGUCGCCUAUUCCUCGACCUUUGACCUCUGGUGGUUGGUCUCAACCGCCGGCUGCCCCACAGAUGAUGAUUCGACCACCGCCGCCACCGCCACCACCGGUUAGGUCAAUGCCGCCGCCAUCUAUAAGGCAGCAGCCGCCCAUGACCGCCUUAAGACCACAACCACCAAGUUCUAACGAUUUCACCUUUCAAACCCACCGCCCACCACCGCUCUCCUCUCAGCCACUUCCAAGGCCAGGGUCUCAAUUCAUGCCGCCACCUCAACCGUCGUUCCGGCCAGGACCACCACCGCCGCCUAUGAUGCAACAAGCGUUUCAUAGGCCACAGAAUAGCCAUCAAAUGGGCGGUCCAUCGGACAGGCGGCCGGUUUUUUCCGGCCAUGGUCCACCACCACCUGCCGCUAGGCAGUUUGGUCCACCAUCCAACUUUUUGCCGCCAAGGCCUGGCAACUUUGGACAAGUUCCACAAAAUCAUCAUCCGGCAAUGGGAUUUCGGCCCCAGAACUUUUUGCCUCCAAAUCAGCAGUUACGUGGCAAUGCACCGUAUCCUUUGGGUAGGCCAGGUCAUCAAUCUGUGCCACGUCAGCAGAUAUAUGAUCCGUUUUCGCCUAGUGCUGGCCCGCAUAAGCCUGGGAAUCCUCAAAAUUUAAGGAAACAGGAAAGUGAUCCUGAGUAUGAUGACUUGAUGGCAUCUGUUGGAGUCAAGUGAUCUAUAAAAACAGUUGUUGAUUUGGUUGCAAUUGGAAUAUAGAAAGCCUUUUGAUGAGGUGACUCUGACUAUUUACUUGUAGAAACACUUGAUCUGUUUUUAAAUUGUAAUACGAGAGAAACGUAGAUGAGUAUGUUAUUUUUUGCAUGGUUUCAAGAUGGAAAAGUUUGUUGAUUUGGGGAUU